GGAAAAAGGGGUUUCAGAGCACCGGGAUUUUAAAAAGUCUUCUUUCGCUCCCCCAAACCGGAGCCGCUGGGCACCUCCGGGCCCCUUCAGGACUCAGCCCUUCACUGGGUCGGUUUCAUAUCUUGGAUAUUACAUUUUGCAUCUGAAGAUAAUGGCGUUUCUAAGUCUCCAAGUGUUGAUUGGGCUGUUUAUUUUCUUUUGCACUGUAAACGGAUCUUCGCUGCCGCAGGCCAGGGUGUUCUUAACAUUCAAUGAACUGCAGGAAACGAAGACUGCUCAGUUUUAUGCUCUUUCCCACCACCCCUUAGACUACAGGAUAUUGGUGAUGGAUGAAGAUCAGGACCGCAUCUACGUUGGCAGCAAAGAUCACAUUCUGUCUUUGAAUAUCAAUAAUAUAAGCCAGGACCCUCUGAGUAUAUUCUGGCCAGCAUCAACAACCAAAGUUGAUGAGUGCAAAAUGGCUGGCAAAGAUCCUACACACGGUUGCGGCAACUUUGUUCGUGUGAUACAGACAUUCAACCGCACCCAUUUAUAUGUUUGUGGAAGUGGUGCGUUUAGCCCUGUGUGUGCAUAUCUCAACAGAGGGCGAAGGGCAGAGGAGCAAGUUUUCAAGAUCGAUUCCAAAUGUGAAUCUGGGAAGGGCCGCUGCUCUUUCAACCCUAAUGUGAAUACCGUCUCUGUUAUGAUCAAUGAAGAACUAUUUUCAGGGAUGUACAUUGAUUUCAUGGGGACUGACGCUGCCAUUUUCCGCAGUUUAACCAGACGGAAUGCUGUGAGAACCGACCAACACAAUUCCAAAUGGCUGAGUGAGCCUGUGUUUGUGGAUGCCCACCUCAUCCCGGAUGGCACUGACCCCAACGAUGCUAAAGUAUACUUCUUUUUCAAGGAGAAACUGACGGACAACAGUGGCAGCACCAAGCAGAUCCACUCUAUGAUUGCUAGAAUAUGCCCGAAUGACACUGGUGGACAACGCAGCCUUGUGAACAAGUGGACAACUUAUUUGAAAGCAAGACUUGUGUGUUCAGUAAUGGAUGACGAUGGCACAGAAACCUACUUUGAUGAAUUAGAGGAUGUGUUCCUGCUAGAAACAGAUAACCCCAGAACAACGCUGAUAUAUGGCAUUUUCACAACAUCCAGCUCUGUAUUUAAAGGUUCAGCAGUCUGUGUGUAUCACUUGUCAGAUAUCCAGAGAGUGUUCAAUGGGCCGUUUGCACACAAGGAAGGGCCAAACCACCAGCUGAUUCCCUAUCAGGGAAGAAUUCCUUAUCCACGACCUGGGACUUGUCCUGGAGGAGCCUUCACACCCAACAUACGGACCACCAAGGAGUUUCCAGAUGAUGUGGUCACCUUCAUCAGGAACCAUCCCUUGAUGUUUAAUCCCAUCUAUCCAGUCCAUAAGAGGCCACUAAUAAUCCGCACAGGCACAGACUACAAAUAUACAAAGAUUGCUGUCGACCGUGUCAAUGCGGCAGAUGGAAAAUACCACGUCUUGUUUCUUGGAACAGACCAGGGUACAGUACAGAAGGUUGUAGUCCUGCCCACUAACUCCUCUGCAACUGGAGAACUCAUCUUAGAAGAACUGGAAGUUUUUAAGAAUAAUGUUCCUAUAACAACAAUGGCCAUUUCAUCUAAAAAGCAACAGUUGUACGUGAGCUCGGACGAAGGGGUCACCCAGGUUUCCUUGCACCGCUGUCAUAUUUACGGGACGGCCUGUGCCGACUGCUGCCUCGCCAGAGACCCGUACUGUGCUUGGGAUGGCAAUUCCUGCUCCAGGUUCUACCCAACAGGGAAAAGGAGAAGCCGAAGACAAGAUGUGAAGCAUGGAAACCCUAUGACUCAGUGCCGAGGAUUUAACCUAAAAGCUUACCGCAAUGCAGCAGAGGUAAUUCAGUACGGAGUAAAGAAUAACACCACCUUCCUUGAGUGCACGCCAAAAUCGCCACAGGCCUCCGUUAAAUGGCUCUUGCAGAAGGACAAUGACAGAAGGAAAGAGGUCAAACUUAAUGAAAGGAUCAUAUCAACCGAACAAGGGCUUUUGAUUCGCUCUGUCCAGGAUGCUGACCGAGGGCUUUAUCACUGCAUUGCAACGGAAAAUGGCUUCAAGCAAACGAUAGCAAAGGUGAACUUCAAGGUGUUAGAUUCAGACACGGUGGCCUUCAUGACUGAAAAGUGGUCCCCGUGGACCUGGGCUAGUUCACUCCAGUCUCUGCCGUUCCAUCCAAAGGACUUGGCGGGAGCCUUCAGCCACUCGGAACUGCAGAUGAUUAAUCAAUAUUGCAAAGACACGAGGCAACUUGGCCAGCAGGCCGAAGAUUCCCAGAAGAUGAGAGGGGAUUAUGGCAAGUUGAAGGCUCUCAUCAACAGCAGGAAAAGCAGGAACCGAAGAAAUCAGUUGCCUGGGUCCUAAGGUUUUGUCUUGGAGCAUCAAACUUUUUUUCAUACCCUCCCUCAAGGGAUUUUGGGGGUUUUGUGGGGGGGGUGUUUGUUUUCCUGCUGAGAGCAUAGACAAAACAUUAGCAAAGCAAGCCCGAAAAAAAGAUAAACGAUCACGAAAUGCAACCUACAUAAGCUAAAGAGGAGGGCAGGCGGGAAACCACAAAUCCAAAGAGAUUUAUUUGUGAAGUGCCCACUGACACCAGAUAGACCCUUAACUUUAACACCAGAUGGUUUGCCUUAACCCACUUUCUUGCAUGACGUUUAAAUGCCAUCUUCCUUUUCCUGAGAAGGGACACAGAAAUAGACACGCCAGAUCUCAAACUUGGUGGCAAAGCAAAGGAAGCAUUUGGGUUAAGAGGGAUGUACUAAGUGUUGUACGAACGUCUCUUCCAUAUAUGUCUCUGUUUAUGGUACAUUGCAUUGAAAAGCUCUGAAGCAAGCACUUAGAAGUCCGUUUCUCAUAUUAGUAUUGAAAACACAGCUCAGGGCUUCUCAAAUGUAACGUGGGAGUGGUAACGAUUAUAUCUCCUUCCCUCUUAGUGGGGUUCAUUACAUGUACAGCUCACUCCCAAUCUUUUUUGACAUGGUAAACUCUCUGUCAUGUGA